AAAGGUUACUCUGUCAUCAAUAGACUUUGACGUUUCAGCUCUUUGAUAAAGACGCGUCUUGUCUCUAAUUAUGGUAACUACACAGCAGCUAAAAUCCAAUUUUAGAGAUUUUAGGUAUCGUAACUUUGUUCCAACUGCUUACUUCAAUAGUCCAGAGCUACAUCUUGCAAAGAGGCAAUUCAACGAUGGGAGGAUCAGACAGGAGAGCAGGCAAGCGAGAAGACAGAAAUGUAUCUGAAUUUUCAGUGGCCUCCGAUCGACAGGAUGGACAACAGCUUAGGAGCUUUGGUGAUGGAAAUUGUCGCUUUCUACAAAUAUGAUCGACAAAAUCUCUGGCAUAAAUGCACUAAAGAAUUUGAAGAUUCUGUCUCUGGGUCGCAAUUACAUAAAAACAUUUUCUGGGCUUGAAACGGUGGGUGAUCAUCUCGAGGAACUUUGGAUAUCGUACAAUAUGAUAGAGAAGAUAAAAGGAGUCAAUGUUUUAAAAGCCCUUAAGGUCUUGUACAUGUCAAAUAACUUAGUUAAGGAUUGGUCAGAAUUUAAUAGGCUGCAAGAGAUACCCAACUUGCAGGACUUACUCUUUGUCAAUAAUCCAAUCUGUGAAAAUAUGGAUGUAGAAACUUGGCGCGCCCAAGUAACGAGGCGUUUACCAGCUCUCAAAAUACUUGAUGCUAUUCCCAUUGUGUUAGUAAUUCAGUUUUUUCAGAAUAGAAAUAAAAUACAGACAUGGGAAAUUGGACUCAUUUUUUUUUUGCAGGCAAGCUGAAAUUGAGUGAUACAGCCUGAACUCACUGUCUUGUUACGUGCUUGAAA